AUGUUAACAGCUUGCGAUAAGUUUCUACUUACGCAUCCGGACUCCGUGCCUCAUGCUAUCGGUCCAGUGGUUAAAUUGUUGCGCGACUGCGGAUUGUCCACUCCCAGAUUGACUUUGCAUAAAACAAAUGUGAUUCACUCUCCGAACGCUGCUGUAUGCUUGUUAGUGGCUCUUCAUGCUACGAUGCAGCGACUCAAUGGUUAG